AUGGUUCCGCCGCGUUAUGACUAUGUUGCCCUUUUUAAGACCUAUGCCCGGGGCAAGCCUUGGGUCUUUGACCUUGGUAAAGCAGCAGGUGGUGAUGGCAUCACAGGGGAACUUCUGCGUGCUGAUGUAGUUCGAGCUGCUAGGCAGCUCCUUCCUGUCAUUAUGAAGUCAGCGUUACGUGCCAGAGAGCCUGUCACAUUUCGUGGCGGUGGCUUAGUGCUCCUCGCUAAGCGAGCUUCCAGUAUGCUGACUUGCGACAACUAUCGCUCAAUCCUCAUUUCAUCCGUGCCAGCUAAAGUCUAUCACCGUUGCCUCAGGGAACAGCUCCAGCCUACAUUUCAGGCCCACCGUGCUGCCUUUCAAGGUGGCGUCUUGCCAGGGCAAGGCAUUGAGCUGAUCUCUUUAGCUGCCAAGACCUUCUUCCGCAUGUGCAACGCCUCUCAGCGUCGGGCAGCCAUCAUCUUUUUUGAUUUGCGUGCUGCCUUUUACCAGGUCUUACGGCAGUUGCUUGUGGAUACCAAUGAGUGCGAAGUUGCCCUUCUCCGGCUCUUUCAUCGCCUUGCGCUCCCUCCUGCGGCCAUCCAGGAGCUGAGAGACCAUCUCUGCAAGGCUACAGAGCUCGAAAGGGCUGAAGCAAGUAGCCACACCAGAGCGUUGAUUGCCGACCUUUUUAAAGGGAGCUGGUUCAGGCUGUCUGGCAGUAGCUUGCUCACGGUCACUUCACGUGGCACCAGACCAGGAGAUCCUACAGCCGACAUCCUUUUCGCCUUCACGCUGACAGCAUUUGUCAGAAGAACGGCCCAGGUGCUCAAAGAGGCAGGACUCUGUGCUGACAUACCCUUUUGCACGCAGCGACACCCAGCUAUCGACCACCAGGGUGCAGUCACUCUGGAUUGCCCUUCAUGGGCUGACGAUUUUUUGGGUCCUCAGACUGCCCCAGACGAUAGUCUUCUUCUACAACGUGUAAGGUCCAGUGUCGCCUGUCUAUCUGGGCAUGCCACUGGUCUCGGGAUGACGGUCAAGUACGGCGUUGAAAAAACAGCGGUCCUCCUUCCGGCGACCAUCCACCAGAGUUCCCCUCUCCUUGACCGCAACGAGGAGGGGCAAGCCGGGGUGCUGUUCACUGAUCCUACCUCGACUGCCGCGCAAUUUUUGCCGGCUGUUGCGGCAUACAGGCACCUAGGUGGUAUCAUUACAGCCAAUGGUGACCCUGUGCCAGACCUCCAUUUGAGGACUGCCGCAGAUUCACAAGAGCAUAGCUAUACUGUGCUGCUCGCUGCAGCUGCGCCCCCACCACCACUUGCGCUUGCUCAGGCCAGAGCAUCCCUGCUCACUAAGCUAUUCCUUCGUGGACCCGCAGAGCUCUUGGCACUGCUCUUUGACCAUUGGGUCACUCACCCCAGAUCCUCAUGGCUAUCCCAGCUGCAGCAGGACUUCCAGUGUGUCAGCCUGUACGUUCCCUCCGUCAAGCAUUGUGUUUCGACGAGCGACGUUGUACCAGGCAUCCUGGCUUCACUGUCCGAGGACCGGUUGUGGUGGCCUAAGCAGGUCAAGCAGGCGUGCAAAAUCUUCCAGGCUGACCUGGAAAGGUGGAACCAGCUUCGCAAGCUUUCGAAGCCUUUGAAGCCUACUGCUAAGGCCGCAGUUGUUACUCCUGAAGACUGCCCGUUUGUUUGCCGCCUUUGCAGCGCUUCCUUUCCCUUGCGCAAACAUCUUCAUGCGCACAUGGCGAAGUCGCAUCAGAUUUACAGCCCAGCAAGGCAUUUUGCCAUAGGACCACGCUGUGAAGCUUGCAUGAGACACUAUGGACGUAUCAGCCAAGUGCAACAGCACUUAAAGCAGUCCUCUGAGUGCCUCCUGCGUUGCCUGUUUCUGUUCCGUCCCCUUGAGGUAGACGAGAUCCACCAACUGGAGCAGCCGGACAAGCAGAACCGCAAGGCUGUCGCCAGCGGUAAGUGGCAACAAUUCCGAUGCAGUGGCCCGCCACAACGUGUGCCUGUGGAGUUUGGCCCACGCUUGCCGACUGCAGCAGAGCGUCGUGUGCCGCCUGAUCCUACAGAGCAGGCUCGCCUCAGCACUCUUGGCAAGCAUUACAUCCCUUCUGCCGACUGUCAAGCUUGGAUUACCGGGCACGUCGAUGCUAAGAGCCAAGAGGCUCCCCGCCAGUCGGCGUGCACUUUCUGGCAGAAGCGACCCGUUUCACCCAGCAGAAUUUAG